CCCUCGGUCCUGGUGGAUUCCGGCGGUCGGAUUAUUGCAUGGUAUCUUCCGAAUGCAAUUACCCACUGGAUUCAAGCCGAGAUGGAACAAGCCACAGUGAAUAUGGGGCAUCUCCUGAAGAAAAGUAUGACCAAUGGACAACAGACCAAGUGGAGAACAUUCUCCAAAUAUUUUCACAGCAGCAAUGGCAGCCCUCUAACACCAGGAUGUAUCAAUAUUGCCCCUUGCUGGUUCCAACAAGGUCAUGAGGUGAGACCGACCGGUUUGUAUCAGGGGAUCCUAGUAUCAGCUGCACUGAAGGGUGACGGUGGUCCGGCGGUCAUAUUAUCCAUGCAGCGCUCGGCAUUGCUGACCUCGGCGGCUCUUCGGGUCAUGCAUCCUGACUUAUAUUGGGCCUCAGUCACAACCCAGAUUAAGCUCGGUCAAUGGGCGAAGGAAAAUGACCUCAUUGACAUCUAUACGUGUUUGCAACUUUGGGCCUCGGUGUUCAACUGCGCCGCUGUCAUCUGCAAUAGACAAUGUCCCCCUCACCGAGAUCCAAGCUCCACACCCGAUGGGUUUGAUCUCAUGACCAGUAUCGGCAAUUACUCAGAAGGAAUCAUGACGCUGUCCAACUUAGGUAUUCGAUUACAAUAU